AAGAUACGAGGGGUUGUUUGGAACAUAUUGACAUGAAUUGUCCCUGAUUUAAGUCACCUAUAUGAGAAGAAGUUCAAACAUAUUGAAGCCAUAAAAAUUCUGAAGUGUGUAUUUCAGCACAUACCAUAUUUAAGCAAGGAUCAACUUGAGAAAAUUGGAUGGGAUGAAGCAAUAUACGAUGCUAUAAAGAAUGGAAUAGUUGAGUUCGUGGAUGAAGUGAUUGAAUCUACACCUGAAAUCAUAUGGAGGAAAGAUAAAAAGGGAAGAACAAUCUUUGCACAUGCAAUUGUGCAACGCCAAGAAAAGAUUUUCAGCCAUGUCUAUAAUUUAGGCGCAAAGAUGCGUAUAGCAGUUAUUCGACAUGAUAUAUUUCGCAACAAUUUCCUUCAUUUAGCUGCGAAGUUAUCCCCUCACUCUCAACUUGACCGAAUCUCUGGUGCGGCUCUCCAAAUGCAAAGAGAAUUAGAAUGGUUUGAGGAAGUGAGUAGGAUUUUACCACCAAAAUACAUGGAAGAAGUGAACGAAAACAACAAAACACCAGGCGAAUUGUUCACCGAGGCACAUGCAGAAUUAGUAAACGAAGGAGAGAGAUGGAUGAAGAACACUGCAGCUUCAUGUAUGGUUGUGGCAACUCUAAUUGCAGCAGUCAUGUUCACAUCAGCUUUUACAGUUCCCGGCGGCAACGAUGAGAGAGAAGGAACCCCAAUCUUCUUGAACCGCAACGCAUUCUUGAUCUUUGUCAUUUCAAAUGCAUUUUCGUUGUUUUCUUCUUCCACUUCUGUGUUAGUGUUCUUGGGAAUCCUCACUUCUCGCUACGCAGAAAAAGAUUUUCGCAAAUCGUUGCCUACGAAAUUGAUAGUUGGUCUUUUCACUCUCUUCUUUUCUAUUGUAACGAUGAUGGCAUGCUUUGGCGCUGCCAUUUCUCUGGUUCUUGAAAAACGAUUGCAUUGGGUUGGCAUUCCGGUUAUUGUUCUUUCUUUAAUUCCGAUCGCUCUCUAUGCUUCAUUUCAAUUUCCUCUUCUUAUCGAGAUAAUGAUUUAUACAUUUGGAGGUGGGAUCUUUAAGAAGAAGAAAGCGACAAUGCAUGAAGGGANUGGCAAUUCUCUGGAAUCUCUAGUGGUUGGAUUCAACAAAAAUAAGUUGUCAUAA